AUGACAAGCUUAGCGAAUGAGAGAGACAAGAUGCAGCAUCAGGGACGGGAUGCAGCACCAGGGACGGGAUGCAGCAUCAGGGACGGGAUGCAGCACCAGGGACGGGAUGCAGCAUCAGGGACGGGAUGCAGCACCAGGGACGGGAUGCAGCAUCAGGGACGGGAUGCAGCAUCAGGGACGGGAUGCAGCAUCAGGGACGGGAUGCAGCAUCAGGGACGGGAUGCAGCACAGCAGGGACGGGAUGCAGCAUCAGGGACGGGAUGCAGCACCAGGGACGGGAUGCAGCACCAGGGACGGGAUGCAGCAUCAGGGACGGGAUGCAGCAUCAGGGACGGGAUGCAGCACCAGGGACGGGAUGCAGCAUCAGGGACGGGAUGCAGCAUCAGGGACGGGAUGCAGCACCAGGGACGGGAUGCAGCAUCAGGGACGGGAUGCAGCAUCAGGGACGGGAUGCAGCAUCAGGGACGGGAUGCAGCACCAGGGACGGGAUGCAGCACCAGGGACGGGAUGCAGCAUCAGGGACGGGAUGCAGCAUCAGGGACGGGAUGCAGCAUCAGGGACGGGAGGGACGGGAUGCAGCAUCAGGGACGGGAUGCAGCAUCAGGGACGGGAUGCAGCAUCAGGGACGGGAUGCAGCAUCAGGGACGGGAUGCAGCAUCAGGGACGGGAUGCAGCAUCAGGGGACGGGAUGCAGCAUCAGGGACGGGAUGCAGCAUCAGGGACGGGAUGCAGCAUCAGGGACGGGAUGCAGCAUGCAGGGACGGGAUGCAGCACCAGGGACGGGAUGCAGCACCAGGGACGGGAUGCAGCACCAGGGACGGGAUGCAGCACCAGGGACGGGAUGCAGCACCAGGGACGGGAUGCAGCACCAGGGACGGGAUGCAGCAUCAGGGACGGGAUGCAGCAUCAGGGACGGGAUGCAGCAUCAGGGACGGGAUGCAGCACCAGGGACGGGAUGCAGCAUCAGGGACGGGAUGCAGCACCAGGGACGGGAUGCAGCACCAGGGACGGGAUGCAGCACCAGGGACGGGAUGCAGCACCAGGGACGGGAUGCAGCACCAGGGACGGGAUGCAGCACCAGGGACGGGAUGCAGCACCAGGGACGGGAUGCAGCAUCAGGGACGGGAUGCAGCAUCAGGGACGGGAUGCAGCACCAGGGACGGGAUGCAGCACCAGGGACGGGAUGCAGCAUCAGGGACGGGAUGCAGCACCAGGGACGGGAUGCAGCACCAGGGACGGGAUGCAGCAUCAGGGACGGGAUGCAGCACCAGGGACGGGAUGCAGCAUCAGGGACGGGAUGCAGCACCAGGGACGGGAUGCAGCACCAGGGACGGGAUGCAGCAGCAGGGACGGGAUGCAGCACCAGGGACGGGAUGCAGCACCAGGGACGGGAUGCAGCAUCAGGGACGGGAUGCAGCACCAGGGACGGGAUGCAGCAUCAGGGACGGGAUGCAGCACCAGGGACGGGAUGCAGCACCAGGGACGGGAUGCAGCACCAGGGACGGGAUGCAGCACCAGGGACGGGAUGCAGCACCAGGGACGGGAUGCAGCACCAGGGACGGGAUGCAGCACCAGGGACGGGAUGCAGCACCAGGGACGGGAUGCAGCACCAGGGACGGGAUGCAGCACCAGGGACGGGAUGCAGCAUCAGGGACGGGAUGCAGCACCAGGGACGGGAUGCAGCACCAGGGACGGGAUGCAGCAUCAGGGACGGGAUGCAGCAUCAGGGACGGGAUGCAGCAUCAGGGACGGGAUGCAGCACCAGGGACGGGAUGCAGCACCAGGGACGGGAUGCAGCACCAGGGACGGGAUGCAGCACCAGGGACGGGAUGCAGCACCAGGGACGGGAUGCAGCACCAGGAACGGGAUGCAGCAGGUAGAGAGCCAGUGUUACUACAGGGUGGAGCGUGGCCAGAUAUCCUUUAA